AUGACCAUUAGUUCCAAGUUCCUACAAUCACGUUCCUCACUCCUAUUCCUCACCCUCCCCUUCCGCAUCGUCUAUUACUCACCUCAUUCCGCAACGAUGCAGCCCCAGACGAAGAAGUACCUUGCCGACUUGGCUCUGUUCGCGCUGUCACAGGCAGCGUUCUACUAUGCAUUCAAGUACAUUAUCUCUUCUAUGGAUCCCCUGAAGACGAAAAAGAAGGACGCACAUGAAAAGAGCGCCAAGGUGCUGGAUCGGCUCGGGCAUCGGGAUAUUAAACUGAACGAGUAUGAGCAAGUGAUUGCCUCCGAGGUUAUCCACCCAGAGGACAUCAAGGUUGAUUUCGACCAGAUCGGCGGUUUGGACCCCAUUAUCCGUUCGCUGCGCGAGAGUGUUAUUUUACCCCUGAACCACCCAGCUCUGUUCACAAGUGCCUCUGGAUUGUUGGGCGCGCCCAAGGGUGUGUUGUUGUACGGACCUCCUGGAUGCGGCAAGACCAUGCUGGCCAAGGCCCUCGCCAAGGAGUCUGGAGCGACGUUCAUCAACAUGCAUGUCUCGACCUUGACGGACAAGUGGUUUGGAGAGUCCAACAAGUUGGUCGCCGCCCUGUUCUCGCUCGCACACAAGAUGCAGCCGGCUAUUAUCUUUAUUGACGAGAUUGAUUCGUUCCUGAGGGAGCGUCGCAGUAACGACCAUGAGAUCACCAGCAUGAUGAAGGCCGAGUUCAUGAGCAUGUGGGAUGGACUGACCACGGGCGAGGAUACGAGGAUCAUUGUUCUGGGAGCGACAAACCGGCCCAACGAUAUUGACUCGGCUAUCUUGAGGAGAAUGCCCAAGAGAUUCGCGAUCAAGUUGCCAUCGGAGGAACAGCGCAUGAACAUUCUUAAGCUGAUGCUGGCCUCGACCAAGCUCGAUCCCAGCUUUGACUUUAAAAAGCUGGUGCAAAAGACUGCAGGAUUUUCGGGAAGCGACUUGAAGGAGGCGUGCAGGAACGCAUCGAUGUUGCCAUUGAGAGAGUACCUGCGCUCCAAGGGCUCGGACAAGAAGGGUGCGCUCGAUAAUGUUGUCCUGGACAGGGAUGAGGUCCGUUCGCUGCGUCUGUCGGAUUUCUUCCAGCAUGAAGCCAAUGAGGAGUCGUCGUCGCAUGUCAUUCUGGAGCAGGAGUCCAUUGAUUAGACAGAGACGACAAUCAUUACAAUUACCAUUUUUUUGCAGUAGAUGGAUCAUGGGGUCACUGGAAGAGACAUAUUAAUAAAGACUAAAGGUUAUUAUGU